GGCGAGAUUCCCAAGAACAAGAAGAAGAAGGAAGAGAACCAGAAUGGCGUCUACCAUGAGAAAGAGGUGGAAACGUACCGGGAAAUGCUGCAGCGCAUGAAACAGCUAAAUGACGAGAGGAAGCUAUUACGACGCGAACCGCAAUCACAACCAGAAUCGCAGCCUCCGCCACAGGAACCUCAACAACCGGCGCCGCAUCAGACAUCUCCAGGUCCCAAUACCCAACUCGCCGCCACUCUUGCGCAGUCAGACACUUCCGAUUUGGUCGCCGAAGUCCGUAUACCGCACGAUCCUAAUGGCGUCCUCCCUCCAGACCACCCAGCACUAUCAAUCCUUGGCAACAGCAGCCUGGUCAUACAGCGACAGAUAGAGGUGAUGAAUCUUCUGAUGGGAUUCGAGCAGGCAAAUCGAUACAUCAUCAUGGACGGGCAAGGCCAGACUAUGGGCUACAUUGCAGAGCAGGAUCACGGCUUCGGGAGGGCAAUGGCGAGACAGUUCGCAAGGACACAUCGAAGCUUUACCACAUACAUCUUCGACCGGAACGAGAGAGAAGUCUUGCGCAUACAUCGGCCUUUUGCGUGGAUCAAUAGCAGAAUUCGUAUCUACGAUCCAGUCCCUGAAGGUGGCUAUGGCGAAUUGGCAACAUCUACAGAUCUGCAGGGCCUUUCUGCCAACUCCGUAGUAAACCCGGGUCAGCAAGCACAAGUCUCUCCAUUGAAGCUGGAGGAGAUGCGUAUCAUUGGCGAAGCACAGCAGCAAUGGGCGCCUUUGCGGAGGAAGUACAAUCUCAAAAGCUACCGACCGCUCGAGCCCGCACGCGACCAUGGCACGCCACGCCUCGAAUCCGGCGAGAAAGCGACGAACGACACGAAAGCGCUGACCGUCACUGAGUCGGGGACAAAUGAGAACGCAAUCGAAGCCGGCAUGGUACAGUUCGCUCACGUCAACGAACCUUUCCUUUCGUGGGAUUUCACCCUACGCGACGAAUCGCAGAACACAAUCGGCAGCGUGAAUCGCAACUUCGCUGGUCUCGCGAGGGAGAUCUUCACAGACACUGGUGUCUAUGCCUUGAGGAUGGACAGCGCGGCGCAAAGUUCUGCCUUGGAGACCGCUGGCGGAGAAGAGGUCGCGAGAUAUGAAAGAGAAGCUACAGCGAUGACGUUGGAUCAAAGAGCCGUGAUGUUAGCAACAGCGGUCAGCAUUGACUUCGACUACUUCUCGAGACACUCACAUGCCGGUAGUGGUGGGUUUAUGCCCAUAUUCUGGCCGAUGGGCGGAGGUGCCGCUGGAGCAGGUGAAGCAGGUGCCGCCGGUGCUGGAGCGAUCGAAGGCGCUUCUGGAGCUGUCGGCGCUGCCGGACGAGCCGCGGGUGCUGCAGGUGCUGGUGAAGGCGCGAUAGCCGGAGCUGGCACGAUGGCAGGUUAUGAAGCUAUGCAAAGAGGUGCUUAUGGCUCCAGGGGUGGGGACGAUGCUAGUCCACAGGCCAAUGAGCCCUUUUCUGCUGAUGGACAAUACCCACAGCAAGGCGGCAGUCCUGGUGAACAGAGUGGCCAGGAUGUCUGGGGCGAAGACGAUGAUCCAUGGGGAGGGGGAGGACCCGGAGAUGGACCACCGCCUAGUUCUGGAGCUGAGAGCGGUGGAGACGGUGAAGGGGCUGGUGGGUUGAUGGAUGCCAUCUCCAGUUUCUUCGACUGAAGCAGAACACAGCCGCGUUCCAGGUUGGACAAAACCUGCCGGAGGCAAGAACUACGAUUAUCAUCUGUAUAAGUUACGAUUACCCAACUCUGCAUAGCGUGGUGGCAUAGACAACAGCAUUGUCCGGGAUUUCGAGGGCGAGCGGUGUAAGAUUACGAUCUAUAUGCAUGUAGCGCUACGGUCUUCGAACGAGAGUCUACAGUCAGAG